AUGGCCGGAACUGUGUGGGUUUUUAUGCUGUUGCUGAUAUCUGGUUACAUCACAGAUACAAUGUGUGUUGAUCUGAUGCCAAAACCGAAGGACUGCAAGAACAAUUUCAGCGAAAAGAAAUGCGCAAGAAUUCUUAAAAACAGAUAUAAAGAUAAUAUUUACGACAUGUGUUUCGGAUACAAGACUGUGGAUGAAUGUUGCGCAUUUUGCCUCAACAAACUCACUUGUGACAAUAGUAACCCCUACAACAACGAUAUCAUAGAUAUGGCUACAAAGUUUAUGUACUUGACGGUUGAUUGUAAGGACACAAUGAAGUACUCGCAAUGUAUGGAUAUUCGUGAUAAGGCAUAUGGCAAAAACACUAAGGCUAUGUGUAAAGAUGAAAAGUACGCGGGAAUGUGCUGCAGGUUCUGCAAAUAUGGAAUGGGAAAAGAUUGGAGCAGUCUCGUCAUGGAUGAAUGGAUGAAACAUCCUUACAAGAAAAUGCAAAAUAUCCUUGACAACUUUGGGGGCUACGGCCAAGGCGAUCAAGAUGAUGACAAAUUUUAUGAUUCUAUAUACAAUUUUCUGGAUGGCUUUGAUAACAACGACGGAAAACGAGGAAAAGAGGACGGUGAUUUUGGCGAUUUCAUAAACAAUAUUAUAAAAGGUAACGAUGGUUACGGAGAUAAGAAAGAUAAAAACGAUUACCUUCGAAUGAAAUCUGCACCAUUCAGUUUGACGAAAGCUGGAAACAUGGCCGAAUCUCACCUUCGUAAGAGGCGUGACGCCGAAAGUGAAAAUAUGUGUGAGGACAGAAUUGGCGCAGACAAUUGCCGACGAAUGAUGAUGAGGAGUCCAUAUUACAAACAUGGUGGAAUGCCCCACAUUUUCUGUUCUAACCCACAUAAUGUGAUUUCUUGUUGUCGGUUCUGUGCCUCUGCUUCAGCGAACAGAGUAGACAAUCGGAAACGGAGAGACCUUGCGUUCCUGGGUAAAGGUGAGUACCCCAAGGAGGGCACAGAAGAGACAUGUGACGGAGACAGAUUAUCUCCGAACAGAUGUCGACAAAUUGUCUACUCAAUGUUCAAAGGCAGUAAAAAGGAUAUGUGUACCUCGAUUCACUUCGGAAACGUCUGCUGUGAUACAUGCAGAAAAUUCUUGAAAUGA